AUGGCUUUCCUGUGCAACUCCGACUUCCGGCCGCUCUUCCGCCUGCUGGACGACUAUGAGACCCACCGUACCGGGGCCGCGCCAGCUACCUCCACUCAGACCUACACCCCAGCUUUCGAUGUCCGUGAACUGAACGAUGGUUACUACCUCGACGGCGAAUUGCCCGGGGUGAGCCAGAGCAACAUCGAUAUCGAGUUCAGUGAUCCACAGACCCUGAUCAUCAAGGGCCACUCAGAACGUGCCUAUCAGAACGACACCAACAACGCCGACUCCAAGAAAGGCGCUCGCCGGUGGCGCCAGCCUACUGUCGAGGAUGAAGAGGCCGCUUCUACCGACACCGACACCGACACCGACCUGGCUUCCGUGACGCCCGAGUCUCAGCCAUCCUUCCACUACUGGGCCUCGGAGCGGUCAAUCGGCGAGUUCCAGCGAACCUUCACCUUCCCAACUCGUGUCGAUCAGGAUGCAGUGCGCGCCAGCCUAAAGAACGGCGUCCUGUCCGUCGUCGUGCCCAAGGAGGCUGCACCUAAGACGAAGAAGAUUCGCAUUAAUUAG